GAGCCGAGAGACCCUGCUGGCGGCCCGCGCAUGCGCUCCGGCCGUGCACCGGGGCUCCCCGCCGUGGCGGUGGGCACGGGCACGGCCGCCAGCCCGGGCCGCGGCGAACAGGUUCCAGCUUUGAUUCUUACUGGUCCUGCUUUGUACCAUUUUGCUGAUCCAUGUUUAGUUGAAGGGCACAGCUGAGUUACAGAUUUGGCAUUUCAGCAAAUAGGGCUUUCAUAAAUUUCUCUCUGAAGCUCUGUAACGUAUCCUGAUGAUCCUACAAAUUCUCUGCACAAACUGAGGUGCUUAACUUAUGGUCCAGAAUCUUCUGAAGAACCAGCUUGUAAAAGCAGGUGAGCUCCUUGGAGAGAAAACAUGCUCUGCUGAAUGUGAAUUAGGUGUGGAAGAAUGAACUGUUUGAAGUGCCCACUCUGUCUGGAGACCUUGUUGGAGUCUGGAGAACAGACAUCUCUGAGGUGCUGGAAGGGCUAAUGCAAAUGUGAACUGAUUCUGGUGUUUCCCUCACCCUCCAGUCCUCACAGUGUUCUUAGGCCACAGCAUUACUGGAAAGCCAAUGGAUGAACAGGACAAUGAUUUUAAAGAGUUGUGGGCAAAUAUUUUGAAUAAGGCAAAGAAAAAAGCUGGGGAUGCUGAUGCAUCAARGAGGGUUCAGAACAGGCCAAAGAGCACCACAACACGAAGCAAAUUAAGAGGAGGCAAAGCUGCUGCUAAGAGCCAAACCCAUCAUCACUUACCAGCAGUGAAGGAGACAAACUUGCCUCAAGAUUUGGGUCCAAAGGAGCAAACUGUGGUGCAUGAAGAAGAUGGUGAUGCUGCAGCCUGUAGUGGUGAGACUGCACAGGGGGAUGGAGCAAGGAGCCCUCUCCCUGCCAGCCAGCUGAGCACGGGGACCACUGAGUGUAGCCAGAGGCCUCUGUCAGGAACCUGYUCCUCACCCACCCCAAAGGUGCGCGUAGCAGAGCUGGUGGUGGAGAGAAUGCAGCAGUUCAAGAGGGUGGCACCUGAGCAGCUGAAACACAGCUCAGAUGGGAGUGUGCUGAAGGCUGMAGCCAGUGGCGAUUUCCCUGCUGGAAGCCAGGAUCAGGACCMCCCUGAGGAUGAUACCCACCAUCUCCCAUCCAUGGAACAUGACASUGCUCUGGCUUUGGCUCUUCAGCAGGAAUCCAAGGAGGAAGCUCUGGCAAGCCUGGAGGAUKCAGGGUUGUUCUUCUGUCAGAUCUGCCAGAAGGAUCUCACAGCCAUGAACACACUGCGACGAGAGCAACAUGUCAACAGGUGUCUGGAUGAGAUGGAAGAAGCACAGCUGUCAUCCUCCAGCAAACCAGUGGUCCCUGAAUGUCCCAUCUGUGGGAAGCAGUUCCAAACCCCACAGAGCCGAGUCAGUCAUCUGAAACGCUGUGCUGUGGAGAUGGAUGUGCCYCCUAAUCUGCUUCUUCAGGCAGUGCAGUUGCAGGUGGCCACGCUUGGUGAUGCAGCUCUUCAGUGUCCCAGCAAUCAGCCCAGCAGGGCAAAGMGGAAAGGCCCCUCCAAUGAGGACUCGAGGAAAACACAGAAGAGGGCCAAAAUGGAGCCUAAGGAUGAAGAUUUGCAGGUUGCCAUGGCAAUGUCACGCUCUCUGUUGGAGCAAGAAAAGCAGGAACAAGCAAAAUCAGUUACAAAUGUGAAACCAGUGGCUGCUUUCCCAAUCAAAUGGAAGCCAGGAUCAGAGAAAAAAAGGCGUAGAAAAGGCCCCACUGCACCUCCACCACUGCUGCUCCAGGACCCGGAGAAGGUCCGCAAGAGGAUCCAGGAGCGAGUGGCCAUGCUGCUGACAGAAGAGAUGGAAUUCCCUCCCACCCCUGAGCUGCCCAUCAGCAGGAUUUUGGAGAAUGAAUCUGGAAAAGCAGCCUGGCUCAUGCCAUUGUCCAAAGCCAAGGAGUGCUUUUUAUGGAAGAUCAGUGCUCUGACGGGACCCUGUGACCCCGAAUCAUUCUACACUGCRGCCUUAACCCCUCCAAUUGUACCCUGGAAGCCUGUGCAGAAUAAGCCAGAGAACCUUCAGCCAUCAGUGAGAUCUCAUCAGCCAGAAGCAUCCCAGCAAACUCAGCCUGACCUCAGUUCCCAGGAACCCACUUGCACAAAGAUUGGAGGCCAAACUUCUGAAUCCAAGCCAGGCCCUGAAGGAGAUGGGCAGUUUUUAUCCCCAAGCCAGAAGGAUGCUCAGACCCUACAGGACCUGGUGGAAUUGGCCAGGGAAGGACUUACCCUUACUCAGUGGAACCUUGACACUGGCCAUGUUCAGGCAGCAGAGCAGCCAGGAGAAGAACUGACUCCCAGUGAUCUUCCACAGAGUGGCUUUGUGCCCCCAUCCAAGGAGAAGAGCCUCCUCAGGAGCAGCAGUAAAAGAUCUUCUCUCGGGCUGCUGGCUCAGGAUUUCGGUGCCAUGGUCAACAACCCCCAUCUGAGUGAUGUCCAGUUCCAGGUGGACAGCGGGGAUAUCCUCUACGCCCACCUGUUUGUGCUGUACGCGCGGUGUCCAGCAGCAGCUCAGGCUGUGCACAGUGAGGGAUUGGUGGUGGAGGAAGAUGGGGCCGCGCCGACGCGCCGGGUGCUGCUGAGCGAUGUGUCAGCCGAGGCUGUGGGAGCCUUUCUGAGGUACCUCUAUGCUGCUGACACCAACUUCCCUGCUGGGCUGUGGCCCCAGCUGCAGGCUCUGGCUGCCAGGUUUAGUGUGAGGGAACUGAUGGCAAARUGUGAAAACAAUGCUGGAGAGAGCCAGGUGUCUUCUGGAGUGGAUUCAGAAGAWGAUCUUAUCUCUGUGAGGGAUGAGGAAGAUUUUGAGGACAGAGCUGAGAAUUUCCAAGAGCUCUUGAAGUCAGUGUGGGUGGGUGAAGAUGAGGAAGAAGUAGAUAUGCUGAACCUUGAGUGCCAGAAGGAAGAUGACAAUGAGGUGGGUGAACAGGAGCUGGAGGAAAUCUAUGAGUUUGCUGCAACUCAGAGGAAGAUGGCUCAGGGGGAAAGAGAGGUGAGUGAAGGAACACACUGCAGCAUCUACAAUGACASUGAGGCAGCCCAAGGUACAAACCAGCAACCUGAGGAGGAAGAGUUAAAGAGACCUGAAACUGCUUCAUUAUGCAACAGCCUCAAAGACCCGAGGGAUGGCAACGGUGUGGAAGGAUCUAAAUGUGGCUCGUCUGCACAAGAAGAGAAGAUGCAGAAUGUAAAUAGACUCAAGAGCAUGAAUGACCCACAGACCACUAUUGUGCCUCACCUCAGUGAACCUCAGGAAUGGGUUGGAACAUCCCAUGGUGCUAAUGAUGGAGGAGCUGUUGAGGGAUGUGAGCGUGUGAAGGAUUCAAAGUCACCUCAGGUCUCAAAYGACAAGGCAGAUCACUGUGAAGAGCAGUUUCCUGGUUUCCAAGGUGAUACUAAUUUAAAUGACAGCUAUGAAUAUAUGUUUUCUGCCUCUCAAGGGAAUCACUGUGAUCCUUCCCCAGAGAAAGAAAUUAUCAGAGAAUCAGGAAAGUCCCCUAGUGAAAAACAUGUUGGUCUUAAUGAUUCACUUGUGUUGAUCAAGUCACAAAAAGACUGCUCUCCAUGUAAGAAUGGUUUAUGUGGGAGUCCAGCUCACCAGCCUUAUGUGUCCCUUUUUCCUACUCUUGGCUCUUCACCUGCAUCUCCAAACUCAGAGAGAAAGUUUGUCAGAGAACAUGUGUCAACACCAAAGCAAAACAAAAAGGAGAAAUCAUACCCAUCUGAUGAAAUACACUCCAAAAAAGCCAAGGUGCUGGAUGCUGCAUCAAGAAACGGGGACGCAGUUUCUCCAGCAGAGCUUUCCCACUGGGAAUCAARCAAGCACACACUUGUUCCAGUGUUGUCAUCACCAGGCAGGACUCAKGAUGCUGCAGGUCAGGGGAUCCAGGAGAGUGAUGCUAUUUGUUUGUCUUCUUCUGAUGAUGAAAUGGAGUUACAACAAGACAAGAAGUUUCCAGAGUCCAUCUGCACUCKGGAGAAAAUAGAAAUCCCUGGGCACCUGAAGUGUACAGACAUAAAACAAGGUCCUGAGAUACCAAAAYCUGACCAUAACUCAUCAGUCUCUGAAACAGAGCAGAGAUCAGCCCAGAUCUCAUGUGGCAAUACAGACACAGUGUGUGUACAUGGUGAUGCAGAGGUGUCCCCUGAAUCUCCUCUCAGCAGACAAACAGRUGCUUGUACAGAGAGCAAACAGAGUCCAAACCUGAGCCCUGGGAAAAGGCUCAGUCAUGAAAUGUCUGCAGGCACAGACAGCUCCUGGCUUGUGCCAGCAACACCAGUUCUGAGCAAAAGCAGAAGCUUCGCAACACAGACUCAGGUCACAAGUAUUAAUUCUUUAAAGAGUUCAGAAUCUAAACUCAGCACAAAGAACUUAGCAGCAGGUAAUAGUAACCAUGAAAUGACUGGAAAUUUGAUAAAAGUUCGUGAAACAAUGUUGUCAAACAAAUGUUUGCCUAUGGAGAACUCGGCCAGUGAAAGGAACCCCCCCAGCAGCCCAGCAGCAGGAUCCUUUUCCAAGAAUUCCCUUCCAGUUUCUCCAGUGGAUCCAGUUCUCCUCCCCUCUUGCCACACCAAUACAGAAAGCAAACAUGCCAAAAUCUCAGGUUUACCCUCACCGGUGCUUCCGUGCCAGGAGCAGCCACUGGAAGAUAAAACAAACAUCAGUGUGAUUGAGCUGGAGGACAGUGACAGGGAAGUCAGUCUGCCUUCUCUGGGUAGCAGUGUCCUGCUGUGUGAGGAGCCCCCAAUCCCUGUUGAUGACUGCUGGCUCAUUGGCUAUCAGUCACCAGUCAGAGGUGAGAGCCACAAYGCUGGCCAGGUCAGCCAUGCAAAGACCAGCAUUUCCAGCAGCCCCAGCCCUGGCUCUGGGCAGGAGCAGGGGAAGAGCCCAGUCCAGGAGCAGGGAAUUAAGGGCAGCACCCCUCUCCAAGGAAGUCCUGCUGGCAGGAGAACAGCUUUGUUCUGCCCUGAGAAGAGCCCWAUUGAGCCAUGUUCAUCAGUGGACAGCAGAGCCAGUUACCUGGACUCCAAAAUCUGGGAUGAUUGGAAUGGAGAAGAGAAGGAAGAUGAACUUCCAGAGAUUCUUCCUCUGUCUCAGAGGUUGGCAGCUGCAGCAGGGGCUGGUCAGGCAGAUCCUGUCAAGACUCCUGARCCUUCCUGUCAGGAGAARGACAGGUUCCCCAAYACUCCAGUGACACCCAUGCCAGCGUAUUCCAUCAUGGAGACCCCGCAGCUGAAGAAGGAGCUGAGCAGAUUUGGYGUUCGUGCUCUGCCAAAACGCCAGAUGGUGUUGAAGCUGAAGGAGAUAUUCCAGUACACUCACAGGGACGGGGACUCUGACUUUGAAGAUGAAAUCCCCUAUUCCCAGCCCCUCCCACAGAAGUCCCCGGCCAAACGGCCGAGACAGCCAAAGGCAGGUGGGGCUGCAGGCAAGAAUCGUGCCAGUGCCCCGAGGGCUGUGGGCAAGAGGAAGCAGCUUGCCAAGGCUUCUGCAGUGCUCCCUAGGGAUAAAGCUGGUGGGGCAUCCCAAAGAACAAGCUGUGUAGCACCCAAGGAGGGAACUGAAGUGACACAUCAUCCAGAAGGAGCCAAAGAGCAGGAAGGGCCGUCUGUGUCUCUGGCAGCUGAUGGCAAGGAGAUCCCGGCAUCCCAGGAGUCAGCAGGUUCUUCAGUGGAUGGAAGUGACAUCUCCUUUGGUUCACAGAGUUCCUUUGUGAAUGGAUUUGAAACCUGUGCUUUUGCAUCUGAGGAGGAGGAAGAGGAGUUUCCAGCAUCUCAAGCAGCAGCUCRGGAGCAGGAAAAGUUGGAGGCAGUAAAGUGCUACAUCCGCUCAAACACAGCCCUGUACAACAGGAUUCUCUUCUAUGAGCCCAUUGAGCUGGCUGAUCUGCAYGCAGAGCUCAAACAGAAUGGCAUUAAAAUUUCCAAGGCAAAGCUGCUGGACUUUCUGGAUUCUCAGUGCAUCACAACUACCAUGGCCAGAGCCCGGAAAGAGCAGCAACAGAAAAGGAAGGAGAACAGAAAACAGAGAAGGCGACACCGAGUGAAGCCCACUUCUCUCCCCUGAAAGUUCUGUGCAUGGAGGCCUUGCUUCCAAGCUGGAAAACUCCUUCCCAGCUGGUGCUCCAGCAGCAGGCGAUGGGUGGAGCACCUCGUGGUCUGAUCCCAGGUGACAUACGGGCCUGAGCUGCCCUGCCAUUGCCAUCCCUCUGCUCCGAUUGGACAAAGCCCCCAUGGCUGCCCUUCCUUCAGCACACAGCUCACCUGGAGCCUCUUCCCAUCUGAUUCUACUUUUGUGCCUUUUCUUUCCAUUUUUCUAGUAGUUUWAAGUCCCCAGCUUUUCUUUGUGCUGGUGCUUCCCUCAGUGACACUUGCCAGGACCUUUUCCYUGGAYUUGAGCUGUGAAAUGCUUUGCCCUWCACGUUCCAGGAUUCAAUCCACUCUAUCAAGCACUGGUUGCUUACACCCUUAUGAUUUCCAUCUUCACUUCUUCAGCACAGUUUGCACUGCUGAUUUUUAAGGCAGGGAGCGCUGUGGAGAUAUGUAAAAGGCUUUUUUUCUAACCUUGAUUCACUUGUAAAKCUCUGCUAAAAUUUCAAAAUUUGUGUUUCUGAAAUGGCUGGAAAAUAAGGGAGGGGUUUUUCUGUUCCUUUUGUGACCCUUUCCAAAUGCAUCCCUGACACCUGAUGUCACGGUAAAGCCCUUUCAAUUGGAAAAUCCAGUGGGAUGUCUCAAUUUCCCUGUGGGAUCUGUGUUCAAAUCACUCUGCUCCAUUUCCUGAGAGCUCCUUUUCCUUCUUGGGGUGGUCUGAGUGUGCCCCAAGCAGAGAUGUCUUUAAGAAAAUAUUUAAGUGAGCUCUGGAACUCUUCAGCACUUCUCAAAGCCUGAGCUAAACCUACUGUUUGCAUCAGUCCUAUUUCCACACUGGACUGGUCCCAAUUGUAAAGUGUCUGAGACUCAUGGCGAAGUCUUGGACAAUAAAUACUCAUAUUUUAUGUAUUUACUUUCACAACAACUGCCUUUUCCCCRUUCUGGUAGUUCUGAGUAUGCAGAUUAACGAAACAAAAUGGACACAAGACAAAAAGAGGCCAGAUUUCUAGAUAUCUUAAUAUAUGUGGGACAUUCAAUUAUUUUUACAUUUUUCAUACAGUAUUUGUUUUGGACUUACAUUAUAUGCAAUAAACAAUUGAAAUCUUGUCAAUACUCAUAUGGAACAGUAAGCACAGCAAUGUAUUCAAAACACAAACUUUAUUGAAAUAGACUACGCUUCCCAGCUUCAGCUAGGGGCUGAGAACAUUAGUGGGAAGCCUGUGCCUAAAAAAUGUAAACUG